AUGGAUGGUAAGGCGCGAUCUGGCGGGAUAGAAAAGAGGAAGGCAAGGGAAAGAUGCAUGAGCCUGGGGAAUGUUGAGGAAAUGUUUAAGAGGAAGAGGGAAAAAUCAGGGGAGAGAAGGAAGGAGGAGGAGGAUGAGGGAUUUAGGAAGAGUAGGAAAACGCAGAGAUCGCCAGGGAAAAUGGAGGGGGAAGGAGGGGGAGAGACAGAGGGACAGAGGGAAGGAGGGGCAGAGGGUCUAGAGGAGUUGAUCAGGAAGUGGAAAAAGGAAAUGGAGGAGGUAAUGGAGGAAAUGAGAGGGGUAAAGGGAUGGAGGGAAGAAUUAAGGGCGAUGAAGGAGGAGGUGAAAGAAGGGAUUAAAGACAAUGGAAGGAUGGUAAGGGAGGAAAUGGAGGAAAUGAGAAGAGAAUUUAGAGAGAGAGAGAGGAGGUGGAAGGAGGAAAGGGAGGUCAUGAAAAAAAGUAUAGAAGGACUGGAGGAAAAAGUGGAAAGAAUAGAGGGGAGGAAGGCGGAAAAGGGAGAAGAGGGAAGGAGAGAGGGGAGAGAGAGCGAGGGGGAAACAAAGGACAGACUAAAGAAAGUAGAAAGAAGGAUAGAGAUGAAGGAGAGAGAGGAGAGGAGGAAAAAUAUAUUGAUUAAAGGGGUAGAGGUGAAGGAGGGGAAGAAGAAAGAGGCGGUGGAGGAGAUAUUUAGAGCCGUGGGGGCAAAGGUAGAGAUCAAAGAAAUUAAGGGAUUAGGAGGAGAGGGCGGAAAAGGAAGGGAAAUGCUUUUGGUUAAGUUGGGGAACGAGGAGCAGAGAAGGGAAGUGUGGGCGAAGAAAGGAAUGUUGAAGGGCAGGAGAGAAAGGAUAUUGGAAGACUGGACAUGGGGGGAAAGAAGGAUGAGAUGGAGGCUGGAGGAAGUAGCACGGAAGGAGGAAAGGGAAGGGAGAAAGGUGUGGAUAGGAUACGGCAAGGUUAGGGUUGAUGAACAAUGGUGGAGGUGGGACGAGGAGGAGGAAGUGCUGAGAGAUGGGAAGGGAAACAUAAGACAGGGGGGACAGGGGGAAGACGGAGGAGGAGGGAAGAAGGAGGAGAGGAGGUAG